AUGGGCACCGAGCUGCUCGAUGGCUGGGAGAAGGUGGACAAUUGGUCUCAACACGGAAUCGCCUUCCUCUCGGAUGUUCAGUCCUUCUACCGAGAACGAGCCUCCAUUGAAAAAGAGUACUCCCAGAAGCUCUCUUCGCUCAGUUCUAAGUACUUUGAGAAGAAAGCUCGAGUGUCUUCCGUUCUAUCAGUCGGAGAACAUCCUGAAGUCACUCCUGGGUCUCUUGAAUCCGCAUCUCUUGUCACUUGGGGAGAAAUUUUGACCCAGACCGAAACAUUGGCCAAGGAGAAGAACCGUCUGGCGUCCGAGCUCAACCUCCAAAUCGCCGACCAGGUCCAUGCCCUGUCCCUGAAAAGUGAAAACGUCCGAAAGAACCUGCAAACGUUCUCUGAGAAGCUGAUUGAGGACCGAGAUGGAUACUACUCGCUGCUCAAGAAGACCAAAAACGGCUACUACGACGCCUGCCAGGCUGUCGAGAACCAGCGGAUGAAGGGCCAAAAGGGAGGAGCGCUGGGCGGUCUCAUUGGUCAAUCUAAGGAGAAGUUGGAACGGAAGCUUGAGUCGAAGAACGCCGACAUGAACGACGCCAAAAAUAUGUAUCUUGUAAAGAUCAACGUCGCCAACCGUCUCAAGGACAAGUACUAUCACCAGGAUGUUCCUGAACUGCUGGAUAGAUACCAGGAACUCAACGAACUACGAGUCAAGCUGCUCAACGGACUCUUGAGCAAGGCUGCUUCUCUCGAAAUUGCAUGCAACAAUCGAUGCACCGAGCAUAUGAACGCUACCAUUGAAAUGGUUGCACAAAACCAUCCCGUUCUUGACUCUGCCAUGUUCACCAAGCACAAUAUUGCCCCUAACGGAUGGGAGGAACCCAUCGACUUCAUUUACGAGCCGUGCCCUAUUUGGCACGACGAUGAGAACAUGGUUCUCGAUGAUGUGGCUCUCAGAUACCUGCAUACUGUACUGGGCGACUCGCAGCGACUCAGCCACCAGUUCGAAGACACUAUUGCGUCCAAGGAGGCCGGCUUCCAGGACUUGGAGAAGCGAAAGGCAACGAAGCUGGCCGAGGCAGACUCUGAUUCAGCUUCCAACAACCACUUUGAGCUGCUUAGUCAGUCUAUCAACGCUCUGAGAAGUCUCACGGUGGACGACACCAAGCGUACCAUUGCAGAAGUCGAAACUGAGACCAUCAAACACAACACUGGUGAGAAGGAUCUCGACUCAUACCAACCCGUUGUGAUCAAGAAACGACACAACUUCUUGUUUGGCAAAAAGAAGAUUGAUCGAAACAUUCCGGAACCGACACCGGUGAAACGAAGCAACACCACCACCUCAGGAUUUGGCGGCACGGGAAAGUUGAUUCUGGACACUCUAACAUACAGAGAAGGAGACCCCAUUCCAUGGAACAAGGAGAGUUCUGCAUUGGUGUUGUAUAGAUAUGAACCUCAGGGAAGCGACGAGGUGUUCAUUUCCGAAAACGAGCAUGUGACUGUUCUUGAGACCGAUGAUGGCUCUGGAUGGAUUCGAGUGCGGAAGAGCGAUGGCACUGACGGACUUGUGCCUGCUUCAUAUGUCGACAUGAACCCUCCCAAGAGUGCCACCACACCAUCCUCUGGAGGUGGAGGUGGAAGCUUGAAGUCUGCGUUCUCAAUCAAACGAAAGGGUCCUCCUGUCGCGCCCAAACAGGGUGCCAAAAAGGUCGAUUACGUCACCGCACUGUAUGAUUACAAUGCCCAGGACGAUACCGAGCUGUCGAUCAAGGCCGGUGACCAGAUUGUGGUGGUGGAGCCCGAUAGAGAUGGAUGGACGGAGGGAGAGUUGAACGGACAAAGAGGUGCUUUCCCCACAAGUUACGUGGAGUAG